AUGUCUGCAAACAUAGCUGUAUUCAGAAUUUGGAAAAAAAGUAAUUCUAUGAUUACAUAUCUAUGGAAAUCGCAUGUGACUUUUCAAAUCAAAAGAACAAUUUGCGUUUCUACAAAAAACAGAUAUCAUUUUAGUAAUGUCACUCAGGCGGAAAAUAAAAUAACAAUAAAUCAGAAAACAGACUGGACUAAAACAAUGUCACAGGCAGAAAAGAUUGUUGGAUAUCCGACGUCUUUUUUAAGUUUAAACUGGAUGUUGAGCGAUGAGAUUGCAAAUGUUGCUUUGCACUUAAGAAAGCUAGUUGGCUCAAAUCAUCCCUUACUAAAAGCAGCCAAGAAUGUGUUUAUUUAUAAUGGAUAUAACGCACAAACGUUAUUUAGUCUUAUUGUGUUGUUAAUGUCUAAAGCUGUUGGCCAUUUAAAUGCAAAGCUAAUAGAAGAAGAUAAAGCUACAGGUGUAUUACACAGCCAAAGAGUAUUGGCCGAAGUUAUACAAAUAAUAUGCGCUAGCAACUUGGUACACAAAAGUUUGGAAAAUAUAAAUACAAAUGAAUCUUUAGAAUCAUUGAAGUUGAAAAAUUUUGGCAAUAAAAUGGCAUUGUCGUGUGGUGAUUACUUGCUUGGCAAUUGCUGUAUUAAAUUGGCGACUCUCAGAAAUCAGGAUGUUGACUUCUUGAUAUACAGUGCAAUAAGAGAUUUAUAUCAAGCAGAAUUUGUAGCGCGCAGAGACAGUCAAAAUUUUCCCAUACCGUCAAUACCACCUAAACAUUCUACAGGUUAUGCACUGAAAGAAUGGACGCUCUUAAAAGUUUAUAGUGGUGGAUCAUUACUCGGUAAAAGUUGUCAAGGUACAUUAAAGCUAGCAGGACAUAAUGAGGAAAUACAGGAGAAAGGUAACAAAUUUGGCAAGCAUCUAGCUUUAGCUUGGCAGGCUUCCUUGGACUUAGAUUUAUGCCUUAGCAAUAAUAAAGAAAUUAUAUAUAAUUUAUGUGCUGCGCCAAUUAUGUUCCAUGUUGAACAUAAUCCAUUGAUUUUGAUCGAACUUGAUAAAGGUUUAGAAUCAGUUGAAAAAAUUGAUUAUUUAAAGUUGCUUGACAUCGUCACAGCUGGUCCAGGCAUUGAAUUAACCAAAGAGCUUGUGAAGGAACAUUCGCAAAAAGCGAUGGAAAUCUUAAAUUUUUUUAAAGAAAGUGAUGCUAAAAAAGCAUUGUCUAAUAUUAUUGUUGCCAUAGGAGAUUUUUUUAAAAAAAAGGGUCAGAUAAGGGGUCAUACUUCCAUACCACUUAAUGAAUUGGUUAUGGGUGUCACUCUAGUCUUAAAUUCUACGUUCUUUAUUUUUAACAAUAAAAUUUACAAACAGAUCUUUGGUACACCAAUGGGCUCUCCCUUAUCCCCCAUCAUAGCGGACAUUAUUUUACAAGACCUGGAAUGUUUAGCCAUGGAACGUUUACCAUGCACACCUUCGUUUUAUUAUAGAUAUGUUGACGACAUCCUGAUUGCAGUCCCAUAUAAUUUAUUAAAUGAAACCACUACGAUCUUCAAUUCUAUACAUCCUAGGUUGCAAUUCACACUGGAGGAUGCGUUACCUAAAUUGACUAUCUUGUCAACGUUUUACGACUAA